CUUCCAAUUGCUCGGUGCGAGAGACGGAAUGAGAAUUUAGGGCAGGUGGCACUUGGCAUUAUUAUUAUUAUUUGGGUUCCCACAUGCCAGGCAAAUCCCGCAGCGGCAUGGAAAUGGACGUCGCUACGUUGAUGACCAAGAUGUUUUCACCUCCUGUGAGCAGCGGCAAAAAUGGACCAACUUCCUUGGCGAGUGGACAUUUUAGUGGCUCAAAUGUAGAAGACAGAACUAGCUCAGGGUCCUGGGGGAAUGCAGGACAUCCGAGCCCAUCCCGGAACUAUGGAGAUGGGACUCACUACGACCACAUGGCCAGCAGAGACCUCGGCUCACACGACAAUCUCUCUCCUCCCUUUGCCAAUUCCAGAAUACAAAGUAAGGGCGAGCGCGGCUCCUUCUCCUCCUCCUAUGGCCGGGACUCCACCGUGCACGGCUGCCACCAGCAGAGCCUCCUGGGGGCGGAGCUGGAUUUGGCCACGCCCAGCGCUCUCUCCCCCAGCAAACCCGGAGCUCAUUUCUAUCAGUACGGGGGCAGCGGGCGCCGGAGAGCCCUGCACGGAUCCUCUGUGGAAGUUCAGACAAAGAAAGUUCGCAAGGUGCCCCCGGGUUUGCCGUCCUCC